AUGAAUAACCCUAAUCUUCAAGGUGGCCACAUCUCAGAUUCGUCUGACCUCAGGAAACCUCCAGUGAAGAAAAGUACUGCAGGCUCCCACAAGAGCCAUCGCUCCAGGGUUUCCUUACAUUCUUCCAGUUCCCUCGCUUGCAUCUCCUUUGUCCUGCUGUGCCAAUUUGGGGUACUCCUGGGACACCCCCAGUGCCUCGAUUAUGGCCCGCCUUUCCAGCCGCCUUUCCACCUGGAGUUUUGCUCUGCCUACGAGACGUUUGGCUGUUGUGACCAGGACAAGGACAAUACUAUCGCAGCCAAGUACUGGGAGAUCAUGGAUUAUAUUGAUCCCCACGCCUACAAAUUGUGCGGAAGAUACAUCAAAGAUAUCUUGUGCCAGGAAUGCUCCCCCUAUGCAGCUCACCUCUAUGAUGCCGAGAACCCCCAGACGCCACUCCGUAACCUGCCCGGCCUUUGCUCUGACUACUGCUCGGAGUUCCACCUCUACUGCCGCUCCGCCAUCACGCUACUGACGGACGACAAGCACAUCCAUGAAUGCUGCGAGAGGAACAAGACUCGCUUCUGCCACCUCCUCAACAUCCAGGAUGAGGACUAUUGCUUCCCCGACGUGCUGAAAAACACGGAUCUGAACCGUAACCUGGGCUCCGUGGUGGCGGAUAAGAAAGGCUGCCUGCAGCUGUGCCUGCGAGAGGUGGCGAAUGGGCUGAGGAACCCGGUGCUGAUGGUGCACGCCAAUGACAACACCCAUCGCAUGUUCGUGGCUGAGCAGGUGGGCGUCAUCUGGAUCUAUCUUCCAGACGGGAGUCGACUGGAAGAGCCUUUCCUAGAUAUGAAGAACUUGGUGCUGGCCACCCCCUGGAUUGGGGAUGAGAGAGGUUUCCUUGGGAUGGCUUUCCACCCCAAGUACAAAGACAAUGGGAAAUUCUACAUUUAUUACUCCUACCAGGACAAGAAAAAGGUGGAGAAAAUCAGGAUCAGUGAACUCAUGGUCUCUUCAUCGGAUCUCAACAAGGCUAAUGCAACCACGGAAAGGAACCUCUUAGAGAUUGAAGAACCAGCUGCAAAUCAUAAUGGCGGACAGCUCCUCUUUGGCCUGGAUGGCUACAUGUACCUGUUUACAGGGGAUGGAGGGAAAGCUGGCGACCCGUUCGGUAAAUUUGGGAAUGCUCAGAACAAGAGUAGUUUAUUAGGAAAGGUUUUGCGGAUAGAUGUGGACGGACGAAGCCCCGACGGGAAGCCUUACCGCAUCCCCCCUGACAAUCCUUUUUCCUCUGACCCUAAAGCUCUCCCAGAAGUGUAUGCCUAUGGGGUGAGGAACAUGUGGCGCUGUUCUGUGGACAGAGGCGACCCACUCACUCGCAAGGGAAGGGGAAGAAUAUUCUGUGGUGACGUCGGCCAGAACAAGUUUGAAGAAGUGGAUAUCAUUGUUAAAGGCGGGAACUAUGGUUGGCGAGCUAAGGAAGGCUUUGAGUGCUAUGACAUCAAGCUGUGCCAAAAUUCCUCCUUAGAUGAUAUUCUUCCAAUAUUUGCCUACGGACACUCUGUGGGAAAAUCCGUCACCGGAGGAUAUGUGUAUAGAGGGUGUGAGUCUCCAAACCUCAAUGGCCUUUACAUUUUUGGUGAUUUUAUGAAUGGUCGCCUGAUGGCUUUGCAGGAAGAUGAGAGAUCAAAUAAAUGGAAGAAACAAGACAUUUGCAUUGGUAGCACCAAAGCCUGCGCUUUCCCAGGGCUGAUCAGCUCUUACAACAAAUUCAUCAUUUCCUUUGCGGAGGAUGAAGCAGGUGAGCUCUAUUUUAUGGCCACAUCUUACCCCAGUGCGUAUGCCCCACAUGGCGCUCUCUACAAAUUUGUGGAUCCUGCAAGGAGAGCUCCACCAGGGAAAUGUAAGCAGAAGCCUGUUCCAGUGAAAACAAAGAGUAAGAGAAUCCCAUUUACUCCGCUUGCAAAGACCGUCCUUGACCAGCUCAAUGAAGUUCUUACAGCCCGAUCCCCACAAAGAGCCGUCAACUCUACAUCUCACAAAGGCUCCGCUAAACAGAAGCCACCGAAGCCUACAAGGUCUGGCAAAAAGCAGCAGAUGGCAGAAGCCCGGAGAUCCAAGGCAAAGCCGGACAGACCAAAGCAUAAGGUGAAGAUGCCGCAGGCGUCAAAGGCGGCGACAGCCCCGCCGAAGAGGAAAGGCUCCCAGCUAACCAGAGCAGAAAAGAAAGUUCCACGGGUAGCAAAACCGAGGCCAGCGACUCAGGGGAGAUCACAGAAGAAGAGGAGAAAGAAGAGAAAGAGGGGCAGCAUAUGA